AUGGAAGCUCUCAGCACUGCAUCCCACCUGGUGGUGUUGAGUCUUUUGGAAGUCCACUGUGUGCCCAUUUUUUCUCAUGAGAAGGCAACUGGUUCCUCUCAUCAGAAAUGUGUUUUCAUCAGAACUGUGGAGCUGAGCAGUGGCAAGGAUGAGAUCUCCCUGCUGGUGGAGCAGGAGUUUUUGAGCCUCACAAAAGAACACCUCAUCCUGGUCCAAGAGAGCUCUGGGGAGCUGGAGGCACCUACUGGCACUCCCCAGGGGACCAGAGAGCCAGCUCCCUGCUUUUUUGCACCCCCUCUGGUGGUGGGCAGCCGUGAGCACCCAGGAACUUCCAUGGUUGCUGGUGACCAGCAUCGGGAGCAAAAGGUAGCUGUGGCUGUCAUUGGCAGCCAGCAGGGCUGCGAUUCUGUCAUGCCCACAGUCACGGGCAUCCUGAGGGCUGCCAAGGUCAAAAGUGCCAAGGGGACCAAGGACCAGGGCCACAGUCUGAGUGCCUCCAAUACAGAGUUCAGCAAGCUUCUGGCCCAGUUCCCACUGAAGUCCACUCCAACAUCCAAGGCCCCUGACAACAAGACAGUGCUGGAGGAGUCGAGGGUCAUCAAGAACUUCCUGAAAAGCAGCAUGCUCAGUGGCUCUGGGCCCCAGGAGGCUGCAGGGUUGGGCCCAUUCCUGCUGCUGCCACCCCCACCUUCUCCUGCAUCCCUGGACAAGGCCACUGAGCUCUCUGCUCACAAGAGGCAGCUCCCGGUGUUUGCCAAGAUCUGCUCCAAGACUGAGGUUGACACCACAGUGGAAGGGCACCAUUCAGUGGAAUGGAACUCUGGCAUCAAGGAGCCAAUCAAGUGUCGAGAGAGCCUCUUUCUCAGCCAGUGGCCCCCAAGCCGGAAGGACUCCAGUGGUGAGGAGGGUCGCAGUGAUCCAGUGGGCACCAUGGCCACUGUCCUGCCAACCAAGAAGCCUACCUGGCAGGCUGAGAAGAAUGUGCUCUGUGAGUUCCUUGGGGCCACGAAGAACUCAAGCAAAGUGGAGGUAGAUGGGCUGGAGCUGAAAUUUAACCCACCUGCAACCACUGCGGACAAGAACAACCUUAAGUACACAGGGAAUGUCUUCACCCCACGCUUUGCUACCGCCUUGACCUCAACAACGAACCAGCCACUCUGGCUCCACCUGAAUUGCCCACCUGUGCCAGUGUUCACGAGUCACUCUACCUACCAAUAUCAGGGCCUGUACCCACAGCUAUGGGCAAGGAUGCCCUACCAGCAGGCUGUGCACCCUCAGUUGGGGUGCUACUCUCGACCG